AAAAAGUACGACGAGUGAACAUCGAACGUUCAGAUUCACUUUCAACGUCAACAAGUGAAACACGCGAAUUAUUUCACCACACAUUUGUUUCAAUUUUUUUUUCAAUUUUAGUUUGCUAAAAUCCAGAAAGAAGUGCAAUUAUCCGUGAACAAAAGUUUCAAAAAAAAUCAAGCAAAAUGGAUCUGGGGCUAACAUUCACAAAAUAUGUGGUCUUCUUUUUUAACUUUUUAUUUGCCAUAAUUGGCAUUGCAAUGAUCACAGUCGGUGCGAUUGUGCGCACAAAAAUUGUUGACUAUCAUGAUUUCAUUGAUUACGAUCUAACACCAUAUCCCAUUUUGUUGAUUGUGGCUGGGUGUGUUGUGUUUCUUAUUGCAUUUUUGGGCUGUUGCGGCGCCUGUAAAGAAAGCACAUGUAUGAUUUUCCUGUACUCAAUCAUCGUGAUUUUGAUUGUUGCAUUUGAAGUCGGUAUUAUUGUAGCUGCGUAUGUAAAGCGAAACGAUGUAGAGAAUAUUGUUGACAAAAAACUUAAUUACACAUUGCAUAAAGUCAAUGAAAUCGAUACUUUCGCUGCUUCCUGGCAUUUGCUACAAACUGAGUUGAAAUGCUGUGGUAUCAAAGGACCAGAAGAUUGGGAUGGCAUUUUGCCAGGACAAAAUUCGCUUCCAGCUUCGUGUUGCCUGAGAGAAAAAGGCGCUCAAUGCAGUAAGGGUGAUGCAUCGGUGCAAAAAGAUGGCUGCAAAGCCAAAUUCCUUGAUUAUUUGAAAUCCAACUUGGUCACAGUCGCUGGCGUUGGCAUUGGAGUAGCAGUAAUACAGGUAUGUAUUAUGUGUACGGACGAAAAAUAUGUUUGUUCAAUACAUGAGUCAUUUGUUUUUGUAAAGAGAACCAACUGAAAUCGUCGUUUUGUUUUGAAACUCUUUCGCCAUUCAUUCGUCAUUAAAAUUUCAUUUUUUUUUUCAUAGUUAUUCGCCAUUGUGUUCUCCUGUUGCUUGUAUUCGGCUUACCGAAGAGAUGUUCACUAUUAAACAAACAGAAGCUGAAACACAUCAUUCACCAUACCAGGAUCUCAAAUUAUGACCAAUUGGAAAUUUUUUUCAAGAUCACUGGUUUCUGUUAAAUUACACAAUCAAUUAUUUACACAAUAAAAUAAAAUAUUUGAAAAAUA